AUGGGAGACAAUCAUAAUAACGAUCACAAAAAGGGGGCAAAUGCACCGAAGAAAAAGGUGCAACAGGAAAACCAGCCACCACUACCAAACCAACUGACCGAUGCUCCUCAGCCAACCCCGGGAACGGCGGUCCCGGCCACGUCUUCAUCACCAUCGGUACCUGCAUCAACCUCAAAAACAUCAGUGGCCAGCAAAUGGAAAGGAGCGGCCGGUACCGCCACUAGGCGACCGUCUGUGAUGGUAUCUUCAUCACCAAGGCCUGGAACAGCAACUGGGGAUGGCCCAAAAAGGUUGUCCGUUGAUUCUCGGAAACUCUCCAUUGAUGGCGGUAAUCAUCAUUACACGAGACGACCAUCGAGGGUCUCGGUCGUAUCAGUUGACUACCCAAAUAAAUUACAACUGGCCCAAAUAAAUGCUGCCGCGGCACAGAACAAUGCUGGACAACAGCCGUUUCAACCGGCAGUCGUGAAGCACAGCGAGAAAGGAAUACGCGCCGCGAUACCCAUAAUGCCAAUGUGGAUGGCUAUAGUCUGUUGUGUACUUAACUGCGUCAUACCAGGUUCAGGCACGGUUGUUUCCGGCGUGACAUUAUUCUGCUGUAGCAGUCCGCAAGAUAACAGCAAGAAAGAUGAGUUGACCGAUCAGUUAUGUACUAAUAUAUGGGUGGGGAUAUCACAGUUGAUGACAAUAACAUUUCUGCUUGUUGGUUGGUUCUGGAGCAUCGCAUGGGGUAUACUCAUGAUACAAAUUGCACAAGCACAUAAACGUGUGAAGAAACAAGAGAAGGAAAUCCAGACAGCUUUAACGGUGGCCAACGCCUUCAUGAGUAACGCCCAUAACGCGUUCUAACCCAUUAUUGUUUCAAAGGCGACAAGAAUAAAGGGCGGCAGUCGUCGUGCCGCGUCCUGUUCGUUAUGGGACUCGUAACGACGUAUACAACGCGUGUAAAAUACAUUGUUUAUUUACAUGAAAUUCGAACACGCGCUGCGCGACGACCACCGCGCUUUAAUACAUGAUGCGCGUUUCCACCAAGAACUGCAGCCGAGACUGA